UUUUUCCUAAAACUGAAAGAGGAACCAUGGAAAUUCAAAACCCUAGCCGCCGCCGCCGCCUCCUCCGCCCGCUCGCCGCCUCGCCUCCGGCCCUCCCUCCUUCGCAGCCGCAGCCGCAGCCGCAGCCUCGCCUCCGCACCUCCGUCGUGGCAUCGCGGUCGCAUCGAAGUCGAUCCGAAGAAGACGACGACGAUGGCGUGGAGGGUGGGAAGAGCUUCCUCGACCUUCCUCCUCAACAGGCUCGUCAACGGGCGCAUCAGUAGCCAGACUACCCCUCGCAAUUUCUCCUCAGCUGAUGCAAAUGUUCAUUCCUUCCGUGAGAAGAUGAUGGAUCAAAUGUUUCAUCUUGACGUCAAUUCCCAAAUCGGCAGUUGUAUGCCGCUGGCUGCCAUGCGUAUCGGAACCAUGAUCCACAACAUCGAAGUGAACCCAGGGCAAGGUGGGAAACUAGUUCGCGCCGCUGGAACCUGUGCUAAGAUCUUGAAAGAACCCACUUCAAGAUAUGUCAUGGUGAGACUGCCUUCAGGAACCGAGAAGUUGAUCGAUACUCGAUGCCGAGCGACGAUUGGUCAGGUGUCAAACCCUAGCCAUGGGAGUCGGAAGCUCAGGAAAGCUGGACAGAGCAGAUGGCUAGGCCGAAGGCCGGUUGUUCGGGGUGUGGCUAUGAAUCCAGUUGAUCAUCCUCAUGGAGGAGGUGAAGGGCGUAGCAAAAGUGGCGGGAACUAUGGGAGGGGUUCGUUGACGCCAUGGGGCAAGCCAUGCAAGUCCGGGUACAAGACUGGACCUCUUAAGCGUAGGAAGUAGAAUAAUGGCUAUCUUUCGGCUCUUUCGCACCUGUUGCUUUUUUUGAAAUGGAUGGGAUGCGGCUACUUUUGUUCCUAGUAGUAACAUCGAUAUGCUUAUUAAGGGUUUCUUGUUUGUUGUCUAUUGCUGUCUUAUAAUUUUCCAACGGUAACGUUGGUUAUGUGAUUUUGGUAUAGCUGCUCA